AUGAGAAACACCCAAUCAAGUUUAAUGAGUGAAGAUAUUAGAGCUGCUACAGACAAUGAGGAGGGGGACGGAAACAACGAGACACAGGCUACAAAUCUAACGGAAAAAAGGAAUCUUGGAGUUUUAUCUCUUAUUAAAGACAUUAAAAAAGGAUUUACAUCACAAAAUAAACCUCCAAAUAGUAGCUUUUCAACCCUACCUGGAUCUUUUCGACAAGAAAAAAUUACUAUGUCCAAGCAAUUUAUGAAAUAUUCUCUUCGGUUUCUGUUUAUCGAUUUAAAUAACUGUCCUGCUAAUCUGGAAUCAGUUUUACGUAGAAGAAAUCACCAUUUGGCAGUCGUGGUGAAUGGUGACUGUGAAAAUGUCACUAAUGUGUUAAACGUACAAACAGAUAAAAAGUACUUCUAUGAAACAUUCCACUGGUUAAUAGUAGACAAUUCUAAAAACGCAAUGUUGUUCAAAUUAGACAAGGUCAAAUUAAAUAUAAACUCUGAAGUUCAUCUGGCUAUUUGCGAGAAUAGCAGUUGCGUCAUUUAUGAUGUAUACAAUCCCGCUUCUGAACAUGGCGGAAAACUAGUCGCAACGGUACUUGGACAUUAUAAAACAGACAUUGGUUAUAAGGCUGAAAUGUCCCAAAAUAAAUAUUGGUUAAGAAGAAAUAUGACUGGAGUAAAUUUUAAAUCUGCCGUGGUGCUUCCACGUUUGGACAAACCCUUAAAGAAAUAUUUAGAGGAUGAAGAAAAUAGGCAGAUUAAUUCUAUGCACCGAUUUCAGACAGUUUGUGUGAAUUAUUGCAGGGAUUUUUUCAAUUUUAGUUUGGAGAUUCAGAGAACUAAUUCUUGGGGUUACAUACAGAGUGACGGCCAUUUUGACGGCUUAGUAAGUUUAUUGGAAAGAAGAAUUGUGGACUUUGGCAGUUCACCGCUGAUUUUUAAAUUAGACAGGUUGCCUGUUAUAGACUACAGUUUUGGGAAUUGGAUUUUAAGAUCCACUUUCAUAUAUCGUCGACCAGACGUUGUUGCUGAGUAUUAUGAAAUUUUCUUACGACCUCUGUCGAAAUGGGUUUGGAUAUGCGUUCUCAUCGCUAUGAUUGUUAUUGUUAUUGCUUUAAAAAUAGUAUUGUCAAAUGAAUCGUCAAUUGGUAAUAAUGUAGAAAAACUAGAUUCUUCUUGGAGUUUCCUUUGGUUGUACACUUUUGGAGCUUUUUGUCAGCAAGGUGCAACAUUUUAUCCGAAAUUUUUCAGCAGCAGGAUACUCUCUAUAUUCGUCUAUCUGUUUUGUAUCUUGAUCUAUCAGUUCUAUUCAGCCGGCAUCGUUUCGUAUUUGCUGAUGGAUCCGCCUCGAAUCAUCAAUAAUUUGGAAGACCUUACCGAGAGUCAGUUGCGUGUUGGAAUUGAGGACAUUCUGAUUGACAGGAAUUACUUUGUGCAAACUACUGAUCCAAACGCUAUCGCAUUAUUCGAAAGGAAGAUUAAAGGCUCUUCAAACGAUUCGGGGUUCUACUCGCCCAUUGAGGGUCUGGAGAUGGUCAGAGAAGGAGGGUUUGCUUUUCAUGUGGAGACAAGCACGGCCUAUCCUAUAAUAGAAGCGACGUUUACCAAUGAGCUUAUCUGCGAGUUACAAGAGGUGCAAAUGUACCGGACGCAACCUAUGCACACGAAUUUGCAAAAGAACUCGCCUUUCAAAGAGAUGCUGAACUAUUGCAUGUUUAAAUUAUCCGAAAAUGGAAAUAUGGAUCGACUAAGGAAGCACUGGGAUGCUCGAAAACCGACUUGUAUCGAAUCCGCAAAGAAAACUGUAAUCCAUGUUAGCCUGAAGGAGUUUUCUUGUGGAUUGAUAUCUUUGCUGUACGGAAUAUGCUUUGCGCUGCUAUUUCUUCUCAUGGAAAUAGUUAUUUACAAACGAUAUGCUCUUGCCAACAUGGUUAAGGUUAAAAUUGGGUUAAGACCGUCGUACCCAUAUAUAAACUAGUUAACUAAAGUAGUACUUACACUCACAUUAAGCCAGUCGUAUACCGAAAUCUGUGCCAUGCUAAAUUUAUGAAUGUUAUGACAGACCUGUGUGCGUUGCUAGAAAAUAAUAAUAGUUUUUCACAUUUUAUAUUCCUAUA